AUGGACGUUAGAGAUGGUUGUGGCGGGGUCGAGGCUGUAGUUUCCUCUGUACUGACUUCUCGCUGCUUGCGUUUGCGGGACCGUAGUGAGGUUAAGACGGAGCGCUGCGCUCUAUCAUGGUCAUCACUUGAGGAUCGCCGAGGUGGCCGUCGCGGGUCCGCACCAUUGCCAAAAUACUUGGAGUUGCGCAUGCUGGAAAGUGUGCUAGCGUCUCCUACAGGUUUAACUAUACCACGCUAUGAUUGGCUGCUGUCGCAGGAUAGCCUAACGAUACCGGUCUCAAAACAGUAUCGCCUUUUUUUCGCUUGGCGAAGUGCGUCAGCUUCAACGCCUCACAAUUUGAAUUUGCGUUUGGCCAACAAGUUUGUAACAAGAGCAACAACGUGGAAUCAACCCACAUGGCCAUAUCCGACGACCUGGACGGCGAGUCUCGCCACAGUCUGAACAUGGAGUUAGGGCGCCGCCUCUCGCAGUUCUCAGAUAGCACCAAAUUCGCCGUGAGUCUCAACCAGAUCCAGCGUGUAGCUAUCCGCGGCAUGUACGACAGCCCCGAGCACGACGGCGCCACCAUGUACGUGGUGGACGUAUAUUUGCAGCGAUCGCAGAAGGGUCUGCCCUCUUCCAACUCAAGUGAAAGUGUGCGCGCACGCAAGCGGCGACUGCUACACGAGCAGGACGCGGAGAGGCCAGAGUGUCAAGUGCAGCACCGCUAUUCGGACUUCCGCGCGCUGCGCGAGAAGAUAUGCGAAGUGGUGGAUGUCAAGGACGACCAAAUGCACCCAGUGUGGUGCUCGUACUGCAACCGCGUGCUGUGGCUAAUGACGUUCGGCGGCUUCCCAUCGCGCUUCCCCAACCGAGGAGUUGUUGCGACCUACACUGGAUGGCAUCGCUUGUUGACGCACAGCCGCAGACACAAGCUGGAGCAUUUUAUAAACGAGCUGCUGACUGCCGCCAAGGACGAGUCUUAUCGCUACGGGAACACACAGUGCCAACGCUUCGUCACUGUCUCGCAGCUACUACAAGCCUUCCUUUUGGAGCCAAACGGGCAAACACUGUCGUGGUCGGGAGUGUUGACUCCGGCAGCAGGAUAGACACGGAUUACUACCGUCAGCAUUUGACUUCAGACUACAAUAAUAAUCAUAAUUCUCAUGUUGCGUACAUGUACUGCCUUGAGACAAAAUCGAAUGCAAUGGAGCCAUCGCCUGUGCGG